AUGACGUGGCGAAAGAAGAACAAGAAGAAUGCGCCGAUUGUGCAGAUGAGUGAAGAAAACGUGCAAGAAAUGGAGGAACACGUCGCCGAGCUCGUAAAAACCCAACUUCCGCUGUCAAAAGUGAAAAGAGUGGUGCGAAUGAAUCCGGACGUUGAGAUGGUCAACAACGAGUCGUUGCAGUUGAUUGCCAAAGCAGCGGUUAGCCGAACAUCUCGAAAUAUCCUCAAAAUUCAUUUUCAUUGCAGGAACUGUUCAUAAAAGAACUCAGUCAGGCGGCGAAUCAGAAUGCGGCGAUGGAGAAGCGAAAAACUAUUCAGGCGAAGGAUAUCGAUCGGGCGAUUCAGAAAAAUUGGGCUUUUGCCUUUCUUGAAGACGCCCUGGACGGAUGGCCAAAAUUGGAGCCGAAAAAGCGAAAACCACGUGUGAGAGGCGAAGAAAGUCUGCAAGGUUUGACCAUUUCUUGCUAUUUUGCCAUAAAAUUCUUUUUUUUUCAGACACUGACACGUUAGAAGUCGGCGAAACUGUUGCGGAAGAAGAAGAAGAAGAGGAGGAGGAGGAGGAGGAGGAAUUGCCCGAAACUGUUCCAGAAGACGUCGAAUUCGACGAAGCCCCACCGAAAGACGCGUUCGCUGAACAAUUCUAA